GUGAGUCUCCCUAGGAAUAUAAAAGUAAGAUGCGCCAGGAAGGUACUCUGAUAGUCUCGUCGUUUUCGGCACUGUUUUAAGUACUCGUCUGAAAACAACCGCCGUAAUGCUGUUCACGACGGUGAUCGGUGCCUUGGGGGCUUUCUUCUAUAUAGCAUUCCAUUCGGCUGCUGCAGGGACAUUAAGCAUUCCACUGACCAGGAUCCCCCCUGCCCGGAUACCACGCCUCACAAAGGGCAUGCCCGCGGACACUAUACUGAAAAGGCCCAUCAACGUCUCUGACGACAGCGAGAUUGUCGUGCCUCUGACUAAUGUGAACGACGCCGAGUAUUACGGUACAAUAGGAAUCGGCAGUCCCCCUCAAAUGUUCAAGAUUGUUUUCGACACUGGCUCUUCUGACCUGUGGGUUCCCUCGGCGAAAUGCCCGAACUCCGUUCCUGCGUGUGCUGUUCAUCGAAAGUUCAACAGCAGCAAGUCAUCCACCUACCGUGCUGAUGGCAGGGAUUUCUUCGUGGAGUACGGCUCGGGUGCCGUUCAAGGUUUCCUGGGCAACGACGAUAUCCGAGUUGAGGCAGCUGAUGUGACCAGCCAGACAUUCGGCGAAGUGACAAGCAUACAAGGCGAAGCUAUGAAAGAGGCUAUAUUCGACGGCAUUUUGGGCCUGGGUUACCCUGCCCUCGCCUCCUGGGAAGUGACACCAGUAUUCGACAACAUGGUUGAACAAGAACUCGUGGAAGAAGCGAUUUUCUCCGUCUACAUGAAUAGAGACGCAUCAGUGGAUCUUGGAGGCGAAAUUCUCUUCGGUGGGAUCAACAAGGAAUACUACAAGGGCAACAUCACAUAUAUCCCCGUCACGAUGAAAGCAUUCUGGCAGUUCCACGUCGACAGGCUAUCUAUUGUGGGAGACAGAAGUAGCGGCUCGUACUGCAGAACAGGUUGCGAAGCCGUUGCUGACACCGGGACCUCGCUUAUUGUUGGACCACCGUUGCAGGUGAAAGAACUCAAUGCAAAGCUGGGAGCCAUCGGCAGCAUAAAUGGACUAAUCGUGUUUGACUGUGACGAAGUGGACUCGUUGCCGGAAGUGGAGUUCAAAAUGGCCGGACAAGCUUUUAGGCUUAGUGCUGAGGAUUACGUCCUGGAGGACUUCUAUGACGGAGACCAAAUAUGCGUCAGCGGCUUCCAGGGUUCCAAAAGUGCAGGACAGAAGUGGAUCCUUGGAGAUGUUUUCAUCAGGCGUUACUACACAAUAUUCGACCGUGAAAACGAUCGUGUAGGAUUUGCCCAGGUUACGAAGUGAUUUGUGAGACCCUAAUCGAUUACCAUUAUCAAGAAUAUUACAAAUUUUGCGCUAACAUACUUUACGACAAUUGAUCAGCACACGUUAUGAGAUUAAAAUGAUGAUGAUGAUUGCUGGAGUUUUUAUGGCGCACGAACGGCACGGGAUUAAAAGCCCUGAACAGAUACUGCCUAAUUACUUCGCUCACACUGAAAGAUGCGCUGACGUGGUUUCAAUACAACAGAUUGCUCACAGAGCAAAUUAUUUGUACCAGUGAAUUGAAUAAACGUGUUGAAGCAUAAGGUCAGA